AUGUAUGGCAGAAGUGGUAAUUUCUUUGGCUUUCAAGGCGUCCGCCUUCAGGUCGCUGUCGCUGUGGUCGCUGGCGCCGACUUCCUUUUGUUUGGCUAUGACCAGGGCGUAACAGGAUCGUUGCUUACGCUCGAAUCUUUCAGAAGACAUUUCCCGUCGAUUGAUACGCUGGCAGAUGGUAUAUCUCCAUCUGAGCGAAGUACUCGGUCGACGAACCAAGGGAUCGCGGUAGCAUCAUACAACCUGGGAUCCUUCCUCGGUGCUGUGGCAUGUAUCUGGCUCGGUAACGCCCUCGGUCGACGGAAGACGAUUUUUCUCGGGACGGCGGUGAUGAUUGUGGGUGCGAUAUUGCAGGCCUCGUCUCACCAACUAUCACAGUUCAUCGUCGGUCGCAUUGUAACUGGAUUUGGCAACGGCCUCAAUACGUCGACAGUUCCGACGUGGCAAUCAGAAUGUUCAAGGUCGCAUCGGCGAGGUCAGCUUGUCAUGAUAGAAGGAGCUCUUAUCACUGGUGGUGUCAUGCUUGCAUACUGGAUCGACUUUGGCUUUUAUUUCCUGGAUCCUAGCGAGAUCUCGUGGCGCUUCCCGCUUGCCUUUCAGAUCGUCUUCUGCCUCUUCAUCCUUUCGUUCGUCAUGAGCAUGCCUGAGAGUCCUCGGUGGCUUGUCUACCAUGGCAAAGAGGACGAGGCAAUGCACGUACUUGGUGCGCUUAGCGACGUCGACCCAGAUAGCCAGUACAUCAGGGAAGAAUUCCAUGCCAUCAAGGAUACUGUGCUCGAAGCCUCAAAGGGCUCGUUCCGAGACCUCUUUACCAUGGACGAGAACCGUCAUUUCCACAGAACAGUGCUAGCAUAUAUGAAUCAGGUCUUCCAGCAGAUCUCGGGAAUCAAUCUUAUUACCUACUACAUUCCGAACGUGCUCCAGAACGAAGUCGGACUCAGUCCCUUCCUAGCCAAGUUGAUCGCAGCUUGCAACGGCACAGAGUACUUCCUGGCCUCCUGGAUUGCUGUAUUCACCAUCGAAAAAGUCGGUCGACGCAAGCUCAUGCUGUUUGGUGCAGCUGGUAUGUCGAUCUGUAUGGUCUGCUUGGCAAUCACCGGCUCGAUAGGAUCGUCUUCAUCUGGUAUCGCAGAAACAGUUUUCCUCUUCGCUUUCAACACUUUCUUCGCAAUCGGUUGGUUGGGGAUGACAUGGCUGUAUCCUGCAGAGAUUGUGAUACUGAAGAUUCGAGCGCCAGCAAAUGCCCUAAGUACGACAGCUAAUUGGAUAUUCAACUUCAUGGUCGUUAUGAUCACGCCAGUCGCAUUCGAAAAUAUCGGUUAUCGAACCUACAUAAUCUUCGCCGUCAUCAACGCCGCCAUCUUCCCCAUAGUCUACUACUUUUACCCAGAAACAGCUUACCGUUCACUCGAAGAGAUGGAUUCCAUCUUCGUCAAAUGCAAGUCCGUCUUCACUGUUGUUCGCAUCGCAAAGGAGGAACCUAGACGAUACGGCAAGAAAGGAGAGGUGCUCAUCAGCUAUGAUGAGACUGAUAUGUCACAUAGACGGCAGAGUAGUGUUACAGCCACUUCGGCGCAUAAGCAGGAGAAGGACGAGGAGAGGAAGGAAGUCGUUUGA